AUGCAUAAAUUAGUAGCAAUUGAAAGACAAAUAAUUGUAGGAGGGGAAAAUAUGAUUGAGAAGGCGGAGAGACAAGCACAACUGUUAGAUGCUGGAAAUAGACUGAACAAGUUCUCAAUGAGAGAUUACGUAGCCAACAGGCUGAACAAAUUGAUAUUGGAGAGCAAAGUUUGGACUCAAUAUAUGCAAGCAAAGAGUGAACUACAAGAUCAAGAAAUGGAACAUCAUCGAGAAACAGAAUCUCUCCUUGAAAGCAUUAGACAAUUACAGAGAGAAUUGCUUUAUGCAAACCUUGUUAUUGAUAGUUUUAUUCCCGAUAAUCAAAUGAAUUAUAUUGAACAAUUUGUUAAUUGGAAUGAAGAAGUUGGGGACUGGCAACUUAAAUGCAUUGUUUGUGUAUUUUAA